AUGCGUCAAUGUGUUAAAGAAUCGGAGGGAAAAAAAGGAAGGAAAGAGCCGGGAACAGAAGAACCUACUUCGUCUGAGCCAAAAGGAGGCGCAUGUGGAACGUGUGCUGAUGAAGUAGGAGAUGGCAAUUCAAAGAGCACCGUCAAGCGAGACCAGAGAGGUCGAAUCAGAACAAAACAUUGGAGAGACAAGAAAGAAGGAUUAAAGGGUCCAUUUCGCUGCAAAGAAGGGGCUGGCGAAGACACCACCGCUCAUCAAGGAGGGGCACGAAAGAAAACAGGAUCUGGAAAGCAGUUUUCGUCUCCAAUUGGAGCGACUGAUCAAACUUUGAAUAAUCAACAAAAGAAAAGUCAAAGCGGACGCGAAAGAGGCACUUCUAAAGAACAUCAGGCGGAGUCAUCGCAUAGGAAAGGGAAACGUUCAGAUAGAAACCAAGCACAACAACAAUGGAGACCACAAUCCAUGAAAAGCGAUCCCUGCUUAGUACCAAAUCCUACAACACAGUCACAUCUACGUGGAAUGUUCCCCGGAAAAUGUUUUUCACUAGAUCUAAAAGCAUUGAAAAAGAUGGAUUCAAUUGAGGUGGUGAAUGCGUUAAAUCAGAAUAUGCCUGGUCUUAAGUUUUUUCUAAGAUCAACAGAUGAAGAGCACAGUAGUGAUGAAUUCAUCAUGGAUCUCACUUGUACUCUGGCAAAUGCUUGUAAAGCACCGCCAGGUGAGGAUACUAACAGGAUUUUAACUGCGCUGAGGGGUUCAGUAUUCUUAACCUCAAAGAUUCCACGGUUGUUAGAUCGCCUGGCUUUGAAUGAUCAAGACGUCCAUGGACGACUUUUUCACUGGCUUAUAACAGUGUUCAUGAAUUAUCUGAGACACCUGCCUAGUUCCUAUGCUUACCUACCUUACGAUCAAUUAAAAAGAACAUUGGAUCAGUCCAACAGCGUAGGUAAAGAGGAGCUACAGAGGAAAUUACAGGCUUUUAAACAAGCCAGAGAUGACAUCGUAAGAGCCAACAGGCAAAAGCAUGGAAAACACUACAUCAACAAUGGGGGACAAAAGCCCCCAAACAAUUUUAGAAACCUACCGGUUUGCCCUACUACUAAAGAAAUCAGAACCCAAGAACGCCCUUUCCUGCGAAAGAACAUAACUAAGGGGAGGUAUGAAGAUGCCGAGCACUAUCUCGAUGUACAGUUUCGAUUGCUUAGAGAAGAUUUUCUUGAGCCUCUAAGAGAAGGAAUUCACGAAAUUAUCCAAAACGUGCCGAGAAAAAUGCGCAAUCAAUUAAUGAGAUAUUAUCCGGGGGCACGAAUCGUCGGAAAGACGUGCACGCCGUCUGGAAUUUCUUAUAAAGUACAAUUUGAUAUCUCCAGAUUCAAUACCCGGAGGUGGGCACACUCGAAACGGCUCAUCUUUGGUUCCUUCCUUUGCCUUUCUAAAGACAACUUUGAGACCAUGCUUUUCGCCACGGUUUGUAACAGAAUUCCAGAGGAACUCAUAACCGGAAAAAUUGACAUUCGAUUCCUAGAAGAACAGGACACCUUUGGGAUCGAAAACCGGAACUUCGAUUAUCAAAUGGUUGAAUCGCCUGCUUAUUAUGAAGCAUAUUGUCAUGUUCUUAAAGGGCUGAAGGAAUUAGAUGAAACAACCCUGCCUUUCAAGAAAUACCUAGUUGAGUGCAGCGAGGAAGUUGAUCCACCAGAGUACCUGAGACGCGAGGAUACCCAAGAGCCUGUGUGUUACGAUCUUACUCAGGCCCUGAAUGUCCCAGAUGCAACGGAAGCAAAGAGAGUUCCGAUCCUUCAACUUGACGCGUGGCCGCCUGUUGAGACACUUCCUCUUAACGAGUCUCAGCUCGAAGCCUUAAAAAUGGCACUUUCAACUGAGUUUUCAGUAAUUCAGGGUCCUCCAGGAACUGGAAAGACGUAUGUCGGGGCAAAAAUUGUGCGAUGCCUACUUGAGAACCGAGAGGCUUGGGACCCAAAUGAAGUUUCGCCAAUGCUUAUGGUCUGUUACACUAACCACGCGUUGGAUCAGUUUUUAGUGAAAGCAUUGGAGUUCCUUCCUAAGGAAGAGAUCAUACGUGUCGGGGGGAGAUGCAAAAGUAAGCAACUAGAGGAGUGUAACCUGAAGCUUUUCACCAGCCAAUACAGGAGGAACGACAGGCGAGGGGAGGUCAGAGCAUUGAUGGCAGACAACGUAUCAGCGAUGAAACAUUGUAAAGAAUUGCUUGCCGAAGCGGACGGUCGAUUGUUAGCUUUGGACGACUUGGAAGACUUGCUGUGUCCCGAACAUGUUGAACAACUGUAUAAUGCCAUCUUCCCUCACAACGCCGCAAGAGAAUCCCGACAUUCAGGGAACACUUUCACACUUUGGUUAUGUAGCAACGAGCUGAUUAACUCCUGUAAUCGGAGAACAAAGAGCACAGAGGAAGGCUCGCAAAAUGAACUUGUUUUUCCAAAGAAUGAAGCAGGCGAAGACGAGGGAAUAUUUCAUGAUUCUACGUUGUUAAUGGCACCAUUUAUUGCCGAUGAAGUCGGAUAUGAUGCUGAAAUGGAGGGUGCAAGUGGUCAGAGGAAAGUUUCCUUUGCCGUAACGCCGACCUCCAAUGACAUCGAAUCAAGCCGUCCUCCAGCGGAAGAGCAGCCAUCAAAACUACCAAAACAUCAUCCUAAACCGAUGAAAAACCUUCUCUCUGAUCAAAGAGAUUUGCAGGCAACAUCCCUCGCAAGUGCCACAAGAGAAGCACCGGAAAGUUUCGUAAGUCGAGACACCUCGCUAACAGCAUCAAUUGCUUUGGAAGCCAGUCCUCAAACACACUUUAUAACUGAAAAGGAUAACGACACUGAGACUGUUGAUGAAGUUUCAGCAAUUUUUGAAGAGACCAUUACAGUAGAAAAGGAAGCUGAUUUGAUACAGUAUCAAAGAUGUCUGCAUGGAGACGGCGAUUUCCUUCCUGUUACAUCAAAGACGGAAACAGGAGACGAAAGAAGUCCAGAGCUAGAGGGAAAACACGAGGAAGAGGGAUGGGAAAUAGUGGUUUAUAAGAAAAAAAAGAAGGGAAAAGUUCGUUUCCACAUGAAACAAAAAAUAUCUGAGAGCUCUGAGGGUGCGUUACAGGAAGAGCAAGUAUUCUAUGUUCCAGACGAGGGUAAUACUGACCCCAAGACUUCAUCAAAGAAGAAGAAAAAGAAGCAAAAGAAGAAAAUCAAAAAAAUUCAUCUCACAGCGAAUAUUGAUGAUUUAAGAAGGAAGUUAGAAAAAGAAACAACAAUGACGUAUGAAGAGGCAAUGAGUGUCAAGGACAUUUGGUUGUUAUCGCCCUCCGAACGACUUCGAUUAUACCUUUUCUGGGUGGAGAGCUAUCGUGAGCGGUAUAGAGUUGAAAUCCACAAAUGUGAAAGGGAGUACGAACAACUUUGCCACGAGCUAGAUGUUGUCAGAUUUCAAGAAGAGGAAGAGGUAAUACGUCGUGCAACUGUCAUUGGCAUGACUACCAGUGGUGCAGCAAGGUAUCACUCAGUGCUUCAGAGAGUGGCCCCUAAAAUAGUUAUCAUCGAAGAAGCAGCCGAGGUAAUGGAAGCGCACAUUAUUACGUCUCUCUCACACAGCACAAAACACACUAUUCUUAUUGGAGAUCACAAGCAACUCCGUCCAAAAGCAACAGUUUACGAAUUGGCCCAAAAAUAUAAUUUGGAAAUCUCACUAUUCGAAAGAAUGGUAAUGAACUGCAUGGAAUGCAAACGCUUAAGUAUACAGCAUCGCAUGCGCCCAGAGAUUGCCGCACUGACGAAAAGAAUUUAUGAACACGAGAUCAUUGACCACGAAUCUGUAUGCAGCUUUGAAAAUAUCACAGGUGUAUCCUGUAACCUCUUCUUCAUCGAUCAUCGCCAACCUGAGAAUUUAGAAGGUGGCUUACAGAGCUACUCCAACCCUCACGAAGCGGACUUUCUGGUAGCACUCUGCAACUACCUUUUGCUUCAAGGAUACAAACAAAACCAAAUUACAAUUCUCACCAUGUACACUGGCCAGUUGUUACUUCUUCAAGAGAAAAUGCCAAGACGAAUAUUUGGGGGAAUACGAGUAUGUGCCGUUGACAAUUUUCAAGGUGAAGAAAGCGACAUAGUUCUACUGUCACUGGUGAGGAGCAAUUCAGAACACAAAAUUGGUUUUCUGAGGGAGUCGAACAGAAUCUGUGUUGCAUUGUCAAGAGCACGCGAAGGAUUUUACUGUAUUGGAAAUUUCCACCUAUUGAAAAGCCAGUGUAAGCUGUGGAGGGAGAUAUGUGAUUAUCUUCAAACGCAAAACUCAAUCGGCGAGAAUCUGCAGCUUGUUUGCAAGAGGCACAGUAAUGUGUUUAAUGUACAAUCGGGAAGUGACUUUAACAUACUUGGAGGAUGCAAGAAGAUUUGCGGAGACCGCCUUAAUUGUGGGCAUGCCUGUGAAAGCUUAUGUCAUGUUCACGACCCACGCCAUCAGAACUUCAAGUGCUUGAAAUCAUGUUCCGAAUCGUGUUCCAAUGGACAUCAGUGCCGACUUGUCUGUCAUUCUCCUGUGGAAUGUCCAAAAUGUGUUGCACUUGUGACAAAGAUAAUCCCUGGAUGUGGUCACGAACAACAAGUUCCUUGCGCUACUGACCCGUCAAAAUGCUCUUGUCGAGCCCAAUGCGAGAAACUCCUCCGAUGUGGCCACAAAUGCACGAAUUCAUGUGGAGCUAUUCCAUGUACUAAAAAAUGUCUUGUUCAGUGCAAGAAAAUCCUUCCAUGCGGGCACGAAAGGUUGAUGGCAUGUUUUGAAAACCCCAUGGAACAUAGAAAAUGCAACGCUAGCUGUCCAAAAGUUCUAGACUGUGGCCACCCAUGUUCGAUGAGAUGCACCGAUACCUGUCGAUGUAACAGCAGCAUUAAAGUUGAAUUGGAGUGUGGACAUCAAAAAAUAAUUUUAUGUCGCGAUAAAGAGCAUCCUCAGCUAUGCUCUGAGAGAUGUGAAAGGGAACUGGACUGUGGACACAUUUGUCAGGCUGAAUGUCACGAGGAUUGUGGAACGAAACGAUGCGAAAGUGCUGUCUCCAAGUGCCUUCCAUGUGGCCACCAACAAAUAGUUCCUUGCUACAUGAACCCAAAAGAGGUUUCCUGUAACGCACCCUGUGAAAGGCAGCUGAAAUGCGGUCACAAGUGCUCAUCUGUUUGCGGCCGACAGUGCCAAGAGGUUCAAUGCCAACAUUUAUGCGAAACGAUCUGUAAGGGAGGUCAUGCAUGUCAAAAACCUUGCCACUUUAACAAGCCGUGUGGUGAUUGCAUGGAAAUGGUUAAUGUGACAAUUCCAUCAUGUAAACACAGCAUUGAAAUCUACUGUUACGUAGAACUAGCCACAGUGACGUGUAAUAGACCUUGUGAAAGAGUACGAGCCUGUGGACAUCCAUGUCAUGAAAUUUGUGGUAAAGGAUGCGAAACACGGCCGUGCAAGGAAAUUGUAACCAGAACGUUACUAUGUGGUCAUGCAGUCCCCUUACCCUGUCGCAAGGACCCGGAAAGGUACAAAUGCAAGGAAAAGAUCGAGGUUUAUUUAUCCUGUGGACAUAGUAAGGUCUUGGAGUGUUAUGUUGCAAAGGCUGGAAAAGAAAAGAUUUUGUGCAACGAAAUCGUCCCAAAAGAACUACGCUGUAAACACGUGGUUUCUCUCCCCUGCCAUAAAGGUCUCGAAGAGUACAACUGCAAGCAGAAAGUUAAAGUAGAGCUAUCGUGCGGACAUGCCAAGACUGUUUUCUGCUUCGUUGCUACCGGUAGCUUGCAAAGUGUUAACUGUAAGGAGAAGGUGGAACGAAAACUACCGUGUGGACAUAACGAGACCCUACCGUGUUAUAUAAAUCCUGAAGAUUAUUGUUGUCAAAAGGAGGUUGAAAUCACCCUUCCAUGUUUACAUAAGAAGCUGAUAGCAUGUGCCAAAGUGAGCCGUGGAUUACGAGACGAACCAUGUGAUGAAAUAAUGACAAGGAAAUUACCUUGCAAUCAUGAAAAGCAAAUGAAGUGCUCAUCGCAGACGGAGAAAGCGUUUUGUGAUGCUCCUUGCGAACGACUUCUUCCAUGUAACCACCCUUGCCCGGGAAAAUGUGGCGAUAAAUGUGUAACUUUCAAAUGCGCAGUCAAAGUUGAAAAGGUACUAGCAUGCGGAAAACAUUGGAAAAGUUGCCGUUGCUCGGAAGAUGUGUCACAGAGUACUUGUUCGAACAGCUGCACCCUUACGUUGUCCUGCGGGCACAGAUGCCCUGGUAAAUGUUUUGAAGAUUGCAAUAAUUACAAGUGUUCAGUGAUGAUGUGGAAGCAACUCGGUUGCGUAGGAAACCAUUGGAAGAAAAUGGCUUGUAGUGAGGACUCUAGGACUGCAAAAUGCGAGAAACAAUGCAACAGAACUCUUGUUUGUGGUCAUCCGUGUCCGGGGCUAUGCAGUCAAGACUGUGGCGGUAUGAAGUGUAUCCGAAGAGUAGAAAAACGUUUCCCUUGUGGUCAUGAGGAACCACUUCAGUGUUACCAGAGUGAAGGUGCAACUUGUAUCAAACCCUGUCUGCGUCGAAAGAGUAGGUGCAAACAUAUGUGCAAAGGAGUGUGUGGUGACGACUGCUCCAAGUAUCCUUGCGAUGUAGUUGUGAAUAAGACCCUUGCAUGUGGCCAUAAAAUAAGGAUGCUUUGUAGCCGGACUGCUGAUGCCAUUGAAUGCCCCGUUCCGUGUGGGAAAAAACUACUCUGUGGUCACCAAUGUUCUGGGGCAUGUAAAGAUUGUCAACCGAGAGGCUCACAUGAAUUAUGUCAAUAUACAUGUGGCAAAUUGCUCGUAUGCCUCCACCGUUGUAAGGCUUUGUGUAGCGAGCCUUGUCCUCCAUGUGACAGGAAUUGCAGCCGAGGGUGCCCUCAUGGAAAGUGGUCCGAAAAAUGUUCUAAACCGUACGAGCCGUGUAAAAAACCAUGCACCUGGAGUUGUCCUCACUAUCAAUGUAACAAUCUCUGUGGUGAAGAAUGCGAUCGCCCUCGCUGUAAUGCACCCUGUACCAAGAAGCUCCCAUGUCGUCAUCCGUGUAUUGGGCUGUGUGGAGAAAAUUGUCCCACUCUAUGCGGCAUUUGCCCCUCCAAAAAGCUUUCUUCCCUAUUUGGUGAUAGACGUGGUGAGAAAAUGGAAGUUCCCAGAUGCUUACAGUUAUUUGACUGUGGUCAUAUUGUAAAGGUUGAUGAAAUGGAUGCGUGGGUGUUGCUUGAGUUAGGUAAUGACGUACACCUCUUGCGAUGUCCGAAGUGCACUACAUCAAUAACAUUUAGCUAUCGCUAUGCCAACAUCAUCAAAAGGGUACUGACCAACAUUGAAGAUGUUAAAAGACAACUGCAACAGGUUGAAAAUGAAGUAACUAACUCAGCCAUACAGCUUGGAAAAGAUCUAAUUAUUGAGCGGCCAAAACAUGACAGAAAGAAGAAGAAGAGGGUCCAGCAAACAAAAUUAGACUGCGUUCAGGCAGUUCCAUGGACUUGGAAUCCUUUCAAUCUGCCUGAUGCAAAUCAGAACAGUGUCCUUAAGUCGACGUUUAGAAAUCAUCUGAUCAUCUUUCAGCAGGUAAAGAGAGCAGAACAACUGCUAAAAGGUUUUAAAGUUGGAUGCGAAGUCCAACAUAAGGUGGGGAAUUUAUCUAAAGCUACAUUGGAAGAUGCAUUAGAAGAUAUCAAAGAGUACCUUGAAGACCCUCAACUGGAUCUGAAAUCACUCAGUCAAGUGUACGAACAAGCGAGGAAGUUCUUCCUAUUUUCUAGUGUUUUAGAAGUCUAUAACACUAUUGUAAGGAAGAAAAUCGCCCUGUCAAGUAUUGGUGAAACUCGAUUAAAGUUGGCAUGCGAUGGGUUUUCAGGGUUCAUCCAGGGUGACGAUGGUGCUUUAGAUCUUGAACGGCUGGAAAAGAUCGUUAACGCGUUACGUGCAGAGGUAAAACUCGCUCCUUUACCGCCUGAGGAAGCAAAAGUCUUCUCGAACUUCCCUGGAUACCAAAGUGACAUUUGGAAGUUAUGUGGACAAGGUCAUGUUUACUACAUGACAUGGAUUGUGCGAGGGGGCGAAGACAUACCGAUUGGAAGUAAAGGAUGCACAAGAUGUACAAGAAGUGAGACUGGAUAAAAUGAAUAAGGUGAGUUAAACAGAAAAAAGGAAGAAAUCAGCGUUGAAUCAGACCGAGACCUGUCGAACUGGCGUGGGAUAUGUCAAAAAUCAAGCUUUCGAAGCAAGGUGAUUCCUCAGAAAAAAAGGUCUUUUAAAACAUUGGAGAGUCCUGACUUUUGCUUGCCUACAGGGACUUUCCUGGAAUCGAAACG